AUGAUCAGAUCAAUUAUUAAAUCAAGCAACAAUUUAUUAAAAUCAAACGUUGCUAUCAAUAGUAAUAAAAGAUUUUUUGCCACUGAAGCAUCAGCCACCAGUGAUUUAUUAACUUUUUCAUUAUUAUCACCACACCAAACCAUCUAUAAAGAUAAGAAAGCACAAUUAGUUACACUUCCAGGUGCUAAAGGUAUUUUUGGUGUUGCCAAAAACCACGUUCCAAGAAUUGCUGAACUCAAACCAGGCGUUAUUCAAAUCAAUCACGAAAACGGUGACUUGGAGAAAUUCUUUAUCAGUGGUGGAUUCGCUUUUGUCAAUCCAGAUGCAUCAUGUUACAUCAACACCAUCGAAGCCGUCCCAAUCGACCAAUUAGAUGCAGAGGAAGUUAAAAAUGGUUUAGCUCGUUACACUCAACUCUACAAUGAUGCUCAAGAGGAAAAUGCAAAAGCUGUCGCUUUAAUUGGUUUGGAAACUUAUCAACAAAUGGCAUUUGCUUGUGGUGUUUCUGCUUAA